AAAUCGACAGAACACCGGACACAGAUGGCGGCGGUUGUUUGGUUACCAGGACGCUGCUCUGAAGGAUGUUCAAGAUGGCGAGAAAUGAGUAAAAACAGAGUUUAUGGUGCUUAAUUAAAUCACCCCGUGUCAGCCCGUGAUCUGUCCUCAGUGUGAAAGUGCGCAGACAUGAGUAACUCUGAGGAUGAAGAGCUUACACUGGCCUUGAUUAUAUAUUACUGCCGAGAGAAGUAUUCCACUCAUGUCCUGAAUGUUUCAAGUGAAGCCCAACGAAGAUUCACCAAUGAUCCAGUCUUCAUAUUCUUCCAUGCCUAUGGGCUUCUCAUGCAAGAUCGUGUGCAAGAGGCCAUUCAGGAGCUGGAACAGGUGAAGGAUAAGCGAGAUGUGUCUUUGUGUGCACUGAUGGCUCUGGUUUAUGCCCAGAAGAAAAGACCUCACCCAGAUAAAGAUACAAUCCAGGAGCUUGAUGCCAAGGUUAAGGAGGAUCGUAAAAGUGCCAGUCCAAAGGCUCUGUACCAUGCUGGAAUGUUUCUGUGGCUCCUUGGACGCAAUGACAAAGCCAGAGAAUACGUGGACAGGAUGAUCAAAAUCUCUAGUGGUUCCACAGAGGGGAUUAUACUGAAAGGUUGGAUUGAUCUGACUUCUGGUAAAGAUGCUUAUGCCAAGAAGUCUGGAAAAUACUUUGAGGAGUCUCUGAAAGAGCAAAUCAACAUUUUUGCCUUAAUGGGAAAGGUACAGUAUUAUGAGUUCCGACAGAAUUAUUCUGGUGCUUUAGAAACAGUUAACCAAGUCAUUGUGAGAUACCCAUCCUUCAUGCCUGCUCUGGUGAAGAAGAUGAAGCUUCUGCUGAGCCUACAGGACUGGGAGCAGACAGUGGAUGCAGCUCAGAGGCUUCUUCAGCGAGACAAAGACAAUCUGGAGGCUCUCAGAAUGCUUACACUACACUCACUCUGCAGAGAGGGAGAUAUCGGGGAGUCUGUGAAGCAGCUUGUGAACCUCAUCAGCAACAUUGACAUCCAAGAGCCCAACAACUCUGAGCUACUCUAUAGAACUUCUUUAGCUUUUACACGAGUGUGUGGUAGGGCAGAAAAAGUGUUGCAGCAUACCCAUACAAUGGUGGAGCGGGCGUUCUCUCAGGCAUCAGGUGAUGCAGACUUGGCCACUGAACUGGGCUACCAGCUGGUAUUGCAGGGAAAAACCAAAGAAGCCAUAAAGUGGUACCAAACAGCAAUGAGUCUGGAUGAGAGCAGCGUCUCUGCCCUGACAGGUAUUAUUCGUUGCCAGCUGAGUGAGGGACAUCUGGAAGAUGCAGAACAUCAGCUCGAGUUCCUCACUGAAAUACAGCAGUCUAUUGGCAAAUCAGCGGAGCUGUUGUAUUUGCGGGCAGUGUUGGCCAUUAAAAAACGGAAAGCUCAGGAUGAAGUAACCAAUCUGUUGAACGACACCGUGGACACACACUUCUCCACUCUUCAGGGUCUCCCGCUGAGUGUAGAAUACUAUGAGAAACUCAACCCUGACUUCCUCCUGGAGAUUGCAAAGGAGUAUCUGGCACUCUGCCCUGCCAAGCCUCCAGCCCAAGGCCAGGCUCCUGCACCUCAGCUGCAGCACUGUGCCUCUGUGCUGGACACAGUGGUUAAGAUUGUUCCCGGACUCCUCCAUGCUGUGUUUCUAAUGGCGAAAGUCAGGUUCCUGUCAGGUGACACAGAGGCAGCUCAGAGCAGUCUGCAGCACUGUUUGGAUCAGAAGCCUUCCUUUGCUGACGCUCACCUGCUCAUGGCCCAGAUCCAUCUCCUGCAGGGCCAUUUCAAACUCUCCUCCCAGUCUCUGGAGCUCUGCCUCAGCCAUAACUUUGAAGUGAGAGAACAUCCCCUCUAUCACCUGAUUAAAGCCCAGGCUCAGAGGAAGAUGGGCGAACUGCAGGAGGCCAUUCAGACGCUGCAGUUGGCCAUGAGUCUGCCAGGUGUGAAGAGAGCUGGAUCUGCAGCCAAAAGCAAAGCCAGGAGAGUGGAGCUCAGUGCAGCAGAUUGUGUUUCUGUGUAUCUAGAGCUGGCCGAGGCGCUUUGGCUCAAUGGAGAGCAGCAUGAGGCAGCUAAGGUGAUGCAGGAUGCUAUAAACGAGUUUACGGGCACUCCCGAGGAGCUGCGGGUCACCAUCGCUAACGCUGACCUCGCACUGUUGCGUGAAGACACAGAGCUUGCACUGAGCAUGCUGAGGAACAUCACACAGGACCAGCCCUACUAUGUGCAGGCCAAAGAGAAAAUGGCGGGCAUCUACCUGAACCACCGGAGGGAGAAACGUCUGUAUGUUAGCUGCUACAGGGAUUUGGUGGAAAAGAUGCCCAGCUCACAUACAUUCCUCCUGUUAGGAGAUGCCUACAUGAACAUCCAAGAGCCUGAGCUGGCCAUUGAAGUCUAUGAACAAGCUUUGAAGAGAAAUCCUAAAGAUGGUGCUGUGGCUAGCAAGAUUGGAAAAGCUCUCGCCAAGACCCACAACUAUGCUAAGGCAAUAAACUACUAUGAGGCAGCUCUAAAGAGCGGUCAGCAGAACUUCCUGCGCUAUGACCUGGCCGAACUCCUCAUGAAGCUGAAACAGAAUGAGCGCUGUGAAAGAGUGCUGCACGAAGCUCUUACACAUGACCCUGGUGAGGAUUUCAUAUUGAAUGAACUGCCAUUGCUAACUGAAGACUGCCGUUACCUUGUACUGCUGGCCAAGAUUCAGAGCAAAGUCAAUAAAAAUGAUGAGGCUUUGCUUUCCUUACACCGAGCGAGGGAUGUCCAGGCAAAGGUGCUAAAGCGUGUUCAGCUGGAACAGCCUGAUGCUGUGCCCAUGCAGAAGCAGCUCGCUGCCGAGAUCUGUGCCGAAAUCGCCAAACACUGCAGUAACCAGCGCGGCUAUGAGAGAGCUGUCAAGUUCUACAAAGAAGCGCUUGUGUACUGCGAGAGUGACAGCAAGGUGAUGCUGGAGUUAGCCCAGCUGUACCUAACUCUGGAUGAUGUAGAGGCCUGUCAGCAGCAGUGCAGUGUUAUUCUGAAGAAUGACCAAGUUAACGAAGCUGCAACAUUGAUGAUGGCUGAUCUGAUGUUCAGAAAACAAGACUAUGAGCAGGCAGUCUUCCACUUCCAGCAGCUGCUGGAGAGGAAACCAGACAACUACCCAACUCUGUCCAGACUGAUUGACUUGCUGCGCAGAGCAGGCAAGCUGGAGGAGGUUCCUAGGUUUCUGGAGAUGGCUGAAAAACACUCACCCAGGGCAAAGUUUGAGCCUGGAUACAACUACUGCAAAGGCCUUUACCUGUGGUACACUGGGGAGCCCAAUGAUGGCUUGCGCCACUUCAAUAAAGCCCGCAAGGACAAUGACUGGGGACAGAAUGCAGUGUACAACAUGAUCGAGAUUUGCCUGAACCCAGACAAUGAGACUAUGGGAGGCGAGGUAUUCGAGAACCUGGAUGGAGACAUAGGGAACUCCACGGAAAAGCAGGAGUCUGAGCAACUGGCUGUGAGAACAGCGGAGAAGCUGCUGAAGGAGCUGAAGCCACAGACCCCUCAGGGCCACGUGCAGUUACGUAUUCUUGAGCACUAUUGUUACCUGGCCACCAAGCAGAAGGCCAACGUGGAGAAAGCCCUAGGAGUGUUCACCGAGAUCGCAAACACUGAGAAAGAUUACGUUCCUGCGCUGCUGGCUAUGGCCACAGCUUACAUGAUCCUGAAACAGACUCCACGAGCCAGGAACCAACUCAAACGCAUUGCCAAGAUGAACUGGAACAUCAUUGAUGCUGACGAGUUUGAGAAAAGCUGGCUGCUCCUGGCAGACAUCUACAUCCAGUCUGGGAAAUACGACAUGGCAGGAGAGCUUCUGAAGCGCUGCCUGCGCCACAAUAAGUCAUGCUGUAAAGCAUAUGAAUACAUGGGCUACAUCAUGGAGAAGGAGCAGUCAUUCAGGGAUGCAGCGAUGAAUUAUGAAAUGGCUUGGAAAUACGGCAAUCAGACCAACCCCACCAUUGGGUAUAAACUUGCGUUCAACUAUCUGAAGGCUAAGAGACAUGUGGAUGCGAUAGACGUUUGUCACAAAGUUUUGGAUGCACAUCCGAACUACCCGAGGAUAAGAAAGGACAUCUUGGACAAAGCAAGAGCUGCUUUAAGAUCAUAACUGUAUGUUUGAGAGUGUGCGUGUGCACAUGUGUGCGUGUGUUUGUGUGUAUGUCUGUCUAUUUGUGUCAAAACAAAAAGAUGCUGUAAAAUAGUGUUCUUAAAAAAGUGAUCUACUUUUGUAUUAACUUGCUGCUUGUUGUUAUGUGAUUUAUGUUUCACAAAUAAACAAAUAAAAUCAGUCGA